AGGGAAAAGCCUUCGUUCGAACAAACUGCUGAAACUGGAAUGCUUUCGAAAGCUGGCAAAGAGGAAGAAGUUGUUGAGACAGUGUUACCUGUGAAAGCCGCUAAAAAAGAGGUUGUAGUAGAGCCUGAGGAUGAAACUGAAGUUGAAGACAAUACUUAUGUUGGCGAAAGCAGAAUUGUCAUUACAAGGUAAGUACCGUUUGAAUAAAAUUCAGUGGAACCUCCGAUGACGGCAACGGCAGCGAAUAGAUAAGAUUUGAUAACUUUAUUACCUCACCUCGGGAUAUCUCAAAUGAUAAAAAAGUAUUUGCAAAAUUAUUGAUAAUCAUUUAUAAAAUUGAGCGAAAUAAAUAUUGCAAAAAGCUAAGACUACUUAAGGUAUAUAUAUGUACAGUAUAUAUAAAAAAGGAAAAAAAAAAAAGACAUUUUGCUACAUCGCAACAUCGUGAUUAGCUAAUAAAUAAUUCACGUGAUAACUUUUGUCGCUAAUGCCAUUAAAGAUUUGUUCCGAUAGUUCCCACAAACCAUUUGAAUCAGGUUUCGAUGAUUUUAAAACGAUUGAGACCGGCCUUAGAGGCGUUGAUACUUGCUAAACAUCGGACUGCUUAUGGUAGCUGGUUACAAUAUUUGAUAAUCUAUUUCUAAAGAAGUCAUGCGCUGAUCUUAAGGAAUGAUGCGAAAUGACUGGGAGAUUGCGCGUGUGGUAUGCUGAAUUUUUCCCGAACCCUGAACAUAUUUUGGCUGUAAUCUACCAAGCCUUUCAUGAUUUUGAAGGUCUCAAUUAAGUCACCACGCCUUCUGCAUUUCUGUAACAUUGCUAAUCUGAUACGCUGUAACCUUUGACGAUAAGGGAGUAGACCCAUGCCUUCGAAAAGUUACCACAAAGUACAUUUGUGUAAAGGUGCCUCCGAGGCAUUACUUGUCGACCUCUGCUGAGUCGUUUAACGCUUCAGUUUUCUGAAACUGGUGAUAAAAGAAGCCCUAUACCUAUAACAAGCUUGAAAAUUUUACCUCAAUAGAGAGAAACAUUCUUGUUCCGCGCGAGAUCAGAUACCGUGACGUCUCGUUCUCGGUAGCUUUUUCUUUUUCACCCUUCCCCUGAGAGAAAUCGACCUUUCCUCUCUGGAGAGCGUUUUUUAAAAGGUCCCGUUUUCGCGAGUGUUUAAUUCUGAUGAGUUAUAUCUGUAGACGGAAGACUAAUUCCACGAAAAAAGAUGCUUUUUCAAAGAACCGAAAAAGGCGUCUGCUCCCGCAGGCUUGGAUACAUGUGGACGCGCCUAAUGUUUUUAAUGUCUUUUAUUAUUAUUUUGCGCGGGUGGGUGCACCGUGUGCACUCAACAUCUACAACAUACCUUUUGCGUAGAGGUUCAAAAAGUCUAUAUUUUGUCCGGCAUUUUGAAUUUCUAGCGUUUUGCGAAAAUUGUUAGGACAUCAAUCACGAUCUUUUCAGUGUGCUUAUUUUCACCGAAAUAGUAAGCAUAAUUAUACAUGGCGGACAAGCAUCUCACUGAACGUUGCUGAGUCAUAAUUUGUUAAGUGUUCUGUUUUUCACAAUGGAGAAUUGUUUGAAAUUCGACAACGACAGACUUUGUUUAGCCGGUUUCUUUGCUCUACGCUAAGGGUAAGUUAUCCUAAUUUUUGGAGGAUUAAAGCAGCUAAGAAUUGAUGGUGAAUAAUAGACUGAGUUAACAUUAUAUUUAUAUUCUGGUAGGACGAUUUUUUUGCCUUGAACUCGUCAUUUAGAAGAAGACUAGUAUUGACCCACGCACUGCGUGCAACAAAUCCAUUAUUGUCCAGUCUCUGUCUCAUAUGCCUCCAAAAAAAUUACAUAUUAUAUUCUCCAUUUUAUUGUAGAUUUUACUCGAACAUUGAACAACCAUAAGCUAUGUUUUGAAAGCAACCUACUUUUUGAAAUUUUGACUCAUUGCAGAGGAAAAAUGUCGAGUGAAGGUAGCCACUGGGCCCUCAAUUUAGGGGCUGUCCAUCUUAUAUUCCAUCCUAAUGCUGUGUCUGAGCCUACGUCAAUAGUGGUCUACAGAUGGAAAUCCAGUGUCUGCUCACCCCCACUACAGGAACAUGAGGCCAUUGUCAGCAAUGUUAUUGAACUAUCUUCCCACGAUGGCCAACGCCUGCAAUUCAAUACCAUGGCAACUUUGUCGCUCUCUCACAGCGCACCGGACCUACGGGGCUACGAAGUGGUGAUAAAACGGCAGAUCAACAAAGAGACCAAUGAAUGGCAAGACGUGAGUGGAACCAAGGACUUACGCUGUCGCCAAGGUAAUGUAGUAGACUUAUGGCAACUAUAGAGAACCGUUUGGCAGACCCUGUUUCCCUAAGCGGGUGGCGGUGUACGUCAUCCGUAUUGCUGAAGGGUUUGUUUUGUUUUGUUUUGUUUUUUUUUUAGAUAGUGUUCAUAUCAAGUGCCGAUUGCGCUCUCGAUCUGAAUCUUGUGUCCAGUCUUGAUUUCUAUAGCGUCAGUCUUUUUUAGAUGGCAAAGGAAGUAAAAAAAAGAGCAUAAUUAUUAUGAUAGUUACAUUUUACCUGUAUUUUUUGUCGGUAACAGACAUCGAAGAUGAGCGCCCUUCUCACAAGGAUAUACCAGACCUUUUAUUCCCCGUUGCUCAAGCUGACAUAAAUGAGUGCUCAAUAUAUGCAGUGGUUUGCCGUCUCAAAUCUUCUCCGCCUUACACCAUCACAUCUACUGGCGGUUUAUUCAUUCAUCCUGAUUAUCCAGGCGUGACGGUUACUGUCCCCGAAAAUGCUGUUGCUCCCGAGUCACCGUUUACCCUGGAGUUAAAGGUUGGUGUGAUUCAAAAGCUCCAUUUAUAAAGAAAGUGUUAUCAUAAAGGCUUUUUAAAGUGAUACGCUUUUUUAAAAAAUGACGAUCUAAUAAUGACCAGUCUAGAGGGCUUGACUGAAAAAUCGUUUUCUGAAUAUUGGAGAGAUCUUUUUGUUACUUGAAUUACGUUUUUAUUUAACUUAUGGGGAACCUAAGUCAAUUUUAAGGCCUAAAAGAAUACAUGAAAUUAACUGCUGAUGAUUACUCUUUUAAAUGGUAAGGUGCAAGAAGUUCCAAAUGAAGAAUUUGGAGAGGAAGGUGUAUUUCUUGGACCUAUUGUGCGAAUUAAAUGCUCUGAGGUUGUCCAGUUCUUUAGGCCCGUAACGAUUCAGCUGCCAGUUUCUCUUCGAGACCAGCAAGACUUUAAACCAGAUCCCACUAAAUGCCAUGUGAGAGUGUUGUUCCUGAAUUGCGAGGAGGAAAAAAGGGAAUGGACUGAACUCACUGAUCUGGUGAAACCUGCACAGUUUGACGGGAGUUUUGUUAGGAUCCAGGUCCAACGAUUUUCUGGGUAACGAAGCUUAGAAAAAUCAUUAGUAUCUUUAGUAUUUACGAGAUAGAUGGAAAGUUGAACCCUUUUUAAUCCAAAACGUUGAUUAAACCUCAUUCAACGUUAUUGAAUGCAACAUUUUCGGAGCCGUGUGAACAACAUGUUGAACAGUGCUGUUGUUGCUAGAUCUUUAGCAUUUAACAUCGUCAGACAUUUCUUUUGUUCAGGUGUGCGAUUAGACUUUCAAAAAAGUCCUUCGUCGGAUUUCAUAUGGCGCGGGACGACCUUUAGCGACUUCGUCGCUCGCGGUCGGCCGCUUCGAGGCCAAACAAUGCUCGCUCCGCUCGCCAAGAGGUCGACUUGUAGCAAGUCUAGUGUGCGAUGGCCUCAAUGUUGAAUGGGCUAACGCUCAAUUAAACUUUGUUUGCAUCAGUCAUGGUCUGGAGAGGAGGGGUGGGGAGGGGUGCUGAUCCCGCAUUCGCUCUCUUUUUCCACGAAAAUCUGGCAUCCCGCACCUUUUUAAUGGCUUUCCCGAAUCCCGUUUUUUGUUUUUGCUUUUUUUUUUGGAAAGAAAAUAAAUGUAAGAUGUAGAUUUGGCCUUUCGAUUGAUAUUUUGAAUUAUACCUUAGUAUGACGAAGCGGAGGAAAAGCAGGAGCGGAAGAAACCAAGUAAUCUGGGACCAAGCUCCGCAUUGGGGGAAAAAGAAAACAAAUCGGCGAGCGAAGCGAGCGGAGAGGCCGGUCUGGGGAAGGGAAAGGGUGGCGUUUUUUCUCCCUCCUCAGGCCAUCGCUCGGCUCCCUUCGCUCGCCGAUAUUUUUCCUAUUUGACCCCGUAUUUUACCUUCUUCCCCCACUACUAGAAGAAACGAAGAGGGAGAGGGGAGGAUUCCUUCCCUCUCUCUUUCCCAGCCACGACUCCCUCGCUUCUUUUUCCUGCUCAAUUUUCUUUGGGCCUUUGAACGACUGGAGUCGUUGUCUGUGACCGCAAGAAUAGAGGACUGACCAAACUAUGGCUGUCUGAUUCAAGGGAACAGAGAUGGGAACAUCGUGCUGCUCGCCAUAUCUUAAGUUAAAUAUCUUUUGGUCAAAUUCCGGAUCCCGAAUACACCCUUCCAGACCAUGAUUAUUGUUUAGUAAGCAAUACCUGUUCAAUUCACUCUUUCUACUCAAGCCCCUAUUCAACGAAGUUGGAUGAUCACUUCGUUGCAUCCAGUUGGUGGGUCGGCCUAAACGCACCUUUAGAUUCUUGAAAUGCGUCCAAGUAAUUAACGAAAAUGCCGGUACUUCUUUGAAAGCAUCCCUGGGUCAAAUUAUAAAAACAAUACCCAUGCAAGGCGAUAUUAGCUACAUCAUUCUGCCUGCCUUUCAGGUGGGUAGCAAAAAUAUCAACACAAAAAGUACGAAAAGGACGUUUUUCCUUUUCAGUCUACUGGAAACUUUUUCUUGGGCUCGGCGAUUUACGUAGAAUCGUCUAAGAUUCGACCUUAACCAUUUCAAGGCUCCUAAAAAAUCCAUCCACCCUGGUUGACAUUAAUUUUUUCAAUUAUUUCGUUCUAGAUAUUCGUGUCUUUUUGAGCGGCUUGAAGAGAACUCCAGGGCUCAUUGGCUGUGGAUCUUAAGUUACCUUACCCGCUUCACUAGAACGCAGCCCCGAGCAGCAAGUUUCGUCGCUUACUUUCGUCCACAUAUUCCAAACAUUUUGUCCCUUAUUUGUUGCUCUGCUCACCUUAAACAAGAGGUAAUACAAGAUCUUGAAAAAAGAGACGUAACGUUUGCUGAUGGCAUUUCGAUGAAAGAUAUGAUACCUGGAGAGGACGGCGACAAAGCAUUUGUGUUUUUGUCAGGAAGAAUACGCCCAUUUAAUGAGGAGGACGUAAAUAACAUUCAUCUCAGGUAAGCUCAUUUAUUAUUUAUUCAAAAUAUUUCCCCUUUUCUGCUUAGCUCAAAUCCCACGGCUAAUUCUUGACAACCAGCUAGCGUUGACCAAUUUGGAAGAUGUUUACAAUAUCCAGAAAAUGACGUCAAUAGUUCAGCGUAGUGAUGAGAGUUUGAGUCGUUUUUGGUAGAGCAGUACAAAAUGGUGGAACAUCCAUCACUGUGCUUACUUUUUAAGAACAGACCGUUCUGAACAGUCAUCAUUAAUAGUUGAAUUCUCCACGGUGACUGGACAGUUCUGGUUUCAAGAUUACAAGGAUUACGCGACACUAGUAUCAUGCAUGUUUCUCUCUUACAUUUAAACAGGUUAUUAGAAGGCGAUAUUCCGUUUAAUACUGAAUUGCGAGUUCGUCUCGUUAAUGGCGAAGACCUAGCGCAAGUGGAAUUUCGAAACAGCUUGACACACACUGACAGAACGCGUUUGUUGUGUAAAUUUCACUUAACUUUGCCCUCCCGCAAAAUGCCCCGCGCGGUAAGUAUAACUUAUUAUUUUAAGCUUGAGCAUUUCGACUGUUCAAAUCUCUUACUAGUUGAAAAAUUAGUUUAUACUAGUACAUGA